ACGCCGACGGAGAGCAGAAGCGGCUGUAGGGGUACAGCAGCGACGUUACGGAGGGAAAAAGAAAGCAAAACGAAAACGACGCGGUUUAAAGCCCGAGAGUGUUUGCUCUGAAGUUGCGAAAGAGUGUUUCUGGGAGGGUCGUCCGCAGACUCUGUCUGUGUUGCCCUCUGUUUUGUUGUCUUCCUUCAGGCUUCUCGGCUCGAGUCGGCGCGGUCUUUGUGUUGAGACGGUUUGUUUGUGUUGUGCGGAGCGGCUCCCGCCCGGCGCUCCAGUCUUCCGCGAUGAGCAGGGGAGCCUCUUACUUUGGGAUUCGCCCCUGAAAGCCUUCGCUUCGGCUGCGUGUCUUUUGUGUGACCGCCUGCAGAGAGAGAAGUUGUUCCGCUCACCACGAAGUGAGAGAAGAAGGGAGACGCCUUUUUGGCGGAGGAGAUGGGCAAUUGUCUGAAGUCUCCCACGUCGGAUGAUAUCUCCCUACUGCACGAAUCCCAGUCGGACAGAGCCAGCUUCGGGGACGGGCCGGACCCGGACCAGGAGCCGCCGCCGCCAUAUCAGGAGCAGGCCCAGGUGCCCGUGUACCAUCCGACGCCCAGCCAGACACGCUUGGCCACGCAGCUGACGGAGGAGGAGCAGGUGCGCAUCGCCCAGCGCAUCGGCCUCAUCCAGCACCUCCCCAAGGGGGUAUACGAUGGCGGGAGAGACGGCUCAGAGAAAAAGAUCAGAGAGUGUGUCAUCUGCAUGAUGGACUUUGUGUACGGAGAUCCCAUCCGGUUCCUGCCCUGCAUGCAUAUCUACCACAUGGACUGUAUCGACGACUGGCUCAUGCGCUCCUUCACCUGCCCCUCCUGCAUGGAGCCUGUGGAUGCCGCGCUGCUCUCUUCUUAUGAGACCAACUGACACACACACCCCCCCCUUCCCCGGCCUGUCCCAGCACUUUCCUAGUUUUCCCUGCCCUCUCCCCCCCUCCGACUACACCUCUGCUAGGCUGGGGUGGGGUCUAACUGUAGAGAGAAAUCCUCAGAUCUCCCGCCAGGACCUGCUGGCCAGGACACCCUGCGAGGGAAAGGAGACACUGCUGAUGGGUGCUGACCGCGUCUGUGUGCACACGCACGUGUGUGCUCGCAAAGCGCAUGUCGUGACAGCACCAGAAAUCAGUCUAGUGGCUACAGGUGGAGGAAGCAUCUACAUGGAUGUCUGUCUUGUGGGGAAAAUGGACGGUUUGUUGGGAGGAGUCGUGUCUAGAGUACACUGAUGUCACCUUGACUGUCUUACUGUUCCUUGGUGGAUUUUCCAGCAGGAAAGGAUGGAUUCACCUCUCCGAAGGCGGAACAGCCUCUGCGCUGUCGACAACAUUGAAGGUCUGGUGUCUGGCAGCAUAGGGUGAAGCUCCACUUCAGUCAGAUGUUGAAAGGGCUCACUGAUCUCAAAUCACAUGGAACCAGGCUACAAAUAAGUUGUACUCGCAAGAUCUGAGUGCACAAGCAUAUCAUUCUAAAGUAGAAAUAUGUACUUUUCUUGGACUUUUUUUUUUUUUUUUAAAACUCUGACAUCUCGGUUCAUAGAGAUAAUCACUCUAUUUGAAUGAGUUUGUCUCAAGUGUAUGAAUGAGGUUUGGACUUGAUUUCAGCCUCAGACACCGUGUCAGCAGGUUCUUUAUGACAAAUUAACCCUUAAUAGUAGACUGUUUGGGUUCAGCUGACGCGUUACUUCACUCGUGGUUCUUGCGUUAUCUUCUUAAUUUGUCGUUUAGCAAAUGUGUUCCACAUAUAGAGCGUUGAACUGUUGCAUAUCUUGCAACAAUCAGGAAAUGUUACACAUUUGUAGCUGUGAACAUGGCAGAUAAGAUGAGUACUGCAGCAUCGGUGCAGUCUUUGCCAUCUUCUCCUAAGACUGAAAGAACCUGAAUGAAACUGUCUGAAAGGACAGUUGUCCUUAGUUGCUGCUAGGCUUCCUGUUGUAUUAGUACUUCAGUGUUGACAUUGUCUUGGCUUGUGUUAGUUUUUUUUUUUUUUUUCCCGAAGAAUUAAAACACAUCCAUUGGUGUCCCCACUCUCAGUUCAUUCUUCUGGUUUAUUGUGAUCCUUAUUUUCUUUUGCAUUUCGGUUUGGCUGUUCCAUCCUGCAGUACAGCCAACUCAUCCUGUUAAAUGUUUUUGUGUCACCGGUCUUUUGGGUGGAGCGAGAGCAUUACAUACAUUGUAAUUAUACUAAACAUUAUGCUUUUUUUGACACGGCCAUCAUAGAACUGAAAAUAAAACUAAUAAAUUCUGUAUAAGGAAGUGAGAAAUGAGUUCAAGUGAUUAUAUGAGAACCGCUUGUUCUCUACUGUUGUACCAUAUUGUACGGUACCUGUGACUGUUAAAGUGAGUUUUUUUUUUUUUUUUUUUUUUUUUUUUUUUUUUUUUUUUU